CUUGAUAUCGCUUGCCAUCACAAUAACAACUACAGAUUUAUUGCGAUAAUCAACUGCAAGGAAAAAGAAUUGUUGCACCGAUAGAUCAGUACUGAAUACCAACGAACGUCAGAGGAGAACUGAGAUAACGUUUCUCGGUCGCGGCGAAGCAGAAUGGCCACCACGCAGUGCAUGGUGCGGCCAGACGGCGUGGCCGUCAUCACGCUGGACAACCCGCCCGUGAAUUCCCUUGCGUCUGGUCUGGUCAAGUCCUUCAAUGAAAAUUUGGCGAAGGUGUCCAAGGUAUCCUGAGUAAAAACGUACCCACACCAGAGUCAGGAUGGGGAUUUUGCAACACAAACCUAGGAGUUUUGUGAGUCACGCAUGACAAGUUGCACUCUACAGUGUAGUGCAGGUUAGCAAGUGCAGCCGCAUCGCAGAUUCAUCUGCUCAUCCUGUUCACAGCAUCACAAAUUCCAAAACACGAUUGGAAAUGGCUCUCAUGGGGAUGCGCAUUACAAGUCUUCCUGUCUUUGCAAAUCUGCAUGACAGCUCUGGUGUGGGUACGUUUUUACUCAGGAUACAAGGACCCGGCAGUCAAGGCGGUGGUUGUCACGGGGAAGGUAUCCACUGCAAAGAUAUGAUGUCUGGGUCCGGAAUAAAGUUGUGUUUUGGUCUGUGCUGCACAAACACACCACAUUGCCUGGCCGAGCAUGACAGCUGACCAGCCCAGCGUUGCUUGUUGAUCUGAGGCACAGGAGCUGGCUGCUUCAUUCUUUCUGCAGAGACGAGGGAAUUAUUGUUAUUGUUUUUACGCAACGAACAUGCGUGUACCAGUGCAGCUACAGAUACAGAGUCCUUGGGGCGUCCCAGGCACACACUCAAUCUUGCACACUCAGACAUCGUAUUUGCAGUUGAUAGCACGGCGCGCUUUUUUGCGGCGGUUUUGCCAUAGAGGAAUUUGCGACCGCGGGACCGCAGGCGGUAAGAAGUACUUCUUGCUCUACUUAUGCAUCGUUCAUUGCGGCACCGGAAAUGAUACUUCAAUAACAGUAAAAAAAUGCAUGUCGGAAUCGCAUUCGUUUUGUGCACACGUCAUAAGGGAAUAAGAGCCUCCGGAUUCUGAUUUUCCUUGCACUAGAUAAAAAUGAAGAGAGAUUCGUAUCUAUGCCAACAAACACCCAAAAUUACAGAUCAUGAACCUGCACAACAUGAUCAACGGCCUGGACGCCUGUCCGAAAACCACGGUGGCUGCCAUCAACGGCCAAGCUUUGGGCGGCGGCGGCGAAGUUGCGCUGGCCUGCCACUACCGGGUCGCCGUGGACAACGCGCAGAUCGGGUUCCCAGAGGUGCUUCUCGGCCUGCUCCCCGGGGGCCAGGGCACACAAAGGUUGCCGCGGGUGGCUCCCUUCGACGUCGCCCUGCAGAUGGUCAUGACAGGGCAGAAUCUGAACAUGAUGAAAGCCAACAAAGCCGGGAUCGUCGAUAAAGUUGAGCCGAAGGGUAGAAGAAGUGCUGGUUUGUACUGGUUUAUAAUUGUAUCCUCUCUCUUCAACGCGGGUGCGGGACAGUAGAUGCAUAAAAGUUUCUUGCUGACAACUCGUAGAAAACAAACAAGUUCCUGCACGACGCAAAAAUGAAAACAAUGAAUCUCAGGUUCGCCCCUCCUGGACGCCGCUGCGGCCUUUGCGCUGAGCAAGCCUCCCCGGCCGAUCUCCAAGAUGAAGGUGCCGAUCGGGAAUAAGGUGAUGGCCAAGGCCGGGGGGCUCGACAUGGCCCGGCUGACCGCGAGCAAGACCGCUCGCGGCAUGAUCGCGCCAGACGCGAUAGUCGAGUGCUUCCAGGUAUCAAAUGUAAAAAUGUCUGGGUCUGGAAGAGUCAUGCUGUUUUUGCAUGACACAGAAGGUCUGGCAUGGAAGCGCUAGCAUCACAGGUUUCGAGAAGUUCCGCAAUGCCGAAUCCGCAUGACAAGUCCCCUCCUUUGCUGACAGAAAGUGGGCAGCUUUUGCUACGUAUGCAUGAGAGACUUUUCUGUGUUCUGAAAUACGCAUUACAAGUUGCAUUCUUCCAGACCCAGACAUUUUUACUUUUGAUACCAGGCGGCCUGCCUCGGCCCGUCGUUCGAGGCCGGGGUCUAUCAAAUGCAAAUAUGUCUGGGUCUGGAAGAGUGUGAUGCUUCUUGUGCAGGGCACAGAAGGUCUGGCAUGCAAGUCCUGGCAACACAGGUUUUGAACAGGUUAGGCGAUGCCUAAUCCGCAUGACAAGUUCCUCUUUUGGUGACAAGAAAUGGACAACUUUUGCAGUCCAUGCGUGACAGAUUCUUCUCUGGUCUCAAAUGCGCAUCAGAAGUUUACAUGUUUCCAGACCCAGACAUAUUUGCAAUGCAUAAGGUCGCGGUGGAGAUGGAGCAGUUCGGCAAAUUGGUCAUGUCCCCUGAGUCGGCGUCCCUGCGCAACAUUUUCUUCGCGGAGCGCCAGGCGUUGAAGGUGAAGGGCAACACCGCGAAGCCCACGGCCAUUAAGAAGGUGGGGAUCAUCGGCGCCGGGCUCAUGGGCGGGGGCAUCGCCAUGAACUUUCUAAAGAAAAACAUCCCCGUCGUCAUCAAGGACGCAAAGAAGGAGUGGCUCGACGCCGGCGUGGGGACGAUCAAGAAAAAUUACGACAUCACGGUAUAGUUAGUAGUUUGUAACAAGGAGGCAAUGGCAACAUUCAUCAUUCAGCUGCACGCUUGCUGUAGGUGUUUGGAUUUUUCUCUGCUUCAUCCCUCGGACUUGUUCAUAUGCAGCUUCGUUUCUCACGUAUUUGCAGCUGUAUUUUGGCGAAGGUUUGAUGUCUUUGUCGUACUCCCACGUGAAAGUUUCUUCACAGAUAAGAAGAACCUUUUGUAUGAAACUUUUUGAUGUCGAUGUCCAUGUUCAGCUAAUCCUCGUUGCUCGAAGCAAGUGACGAAACAAAAAAAAACAGGUCGCCAAGGGCAAGAUGAAGCCGGAGCAGGCGAAGAAGCUGAUGUCGCUGCUGCACCCGACGCUGGACUACAAGGAUUUGAAGGAUGUAGACAUCAUCAUCGAGGCGGUUCCGGAGAUUAUGCCGCUGAAGAAGGAGGUUUUCAAGGAGCUCGGCAAGGUGUGCAAGAAGGACUGCCUCGUCUUAUCAAAAUGAAAAAUCCCCCCACCCCAUACUCGAACUAGGAAUUUGUGAUGCAGAUUUGUGGUCACGAAUCAGCUUUGUCAUGCUAGAACGGAAAAGAUGCGGACUGUAGUGCUGGUUGGCGUGGGAAAGCCUUGCAGCUUCAGCAAGACAGGCGGCAGCUGGAAGUGGGAAGCAGCAUGACGAAUUGCCUGCAAACGAGGCCACAGCUGCGUCUCUUGGCCUUCUAGCAUUACAAGUCGAUUUGUGUACUCAAAUACAGCGCCACAAAUUUCGUUUUCGAUAUGGGGAGGGGGGAGUUUUCCUCUUGAUACGUCUGCACCAACACCUCCGGAUUGGACAUCGACGAGAUCGCGGCCGCCUACUCGUACCCAGAAAAGGUGAUGGGUACCCACUUUUUCUCCCCCGCCAACGUGAUGCAGCUCCUGGAAAACGUGCGCACCAAGAAGGCCGACGCGGUCACGCUCGCGAGCUGCAUGGCCAUGGGCAAGCUGAUCGGCAAAAAAGCGGUGUUAGUCGGAAAUUGCGACGGCUUCGUCGGAAACAGGAUGAUGGGUAUAGUUAGAGGACUACUUCUGUAAUAUGACUAGAAAAAAUUCAUAACGCGAAAGAGAAUAGCAUUUGACUUCUGUUGUUCAGUAUGUUGGAUGUGACGAAAUUGCAAGGAUUUCUUCAGUUGACAACUACCUACAUUCAUUCACGAAGCGUUUAUGCAGCACUUGCAUUGUUCCUGAAGAAGAAGAUGAAGAUGGUUAAAAAAUAAAAAAGAAUGCGUCCUGUUGAAAUCAACAUUUUGAGGUCCCUACGGUGCGGAAGCUCGCAUGAUGGUCGAACAGGGCGCAGACAUGUCCUUGGUGGAUUCCGCGGCCUUUAAGUUUGGCAUGCCCAUGGGCCCGCUCACCCUUGCGGACCUGGUCGGCUUGGAACUCUUUUGGAAGCAGCGCAAGGCAGCGGGGAAUAUGCAGAUGGAGACGAAAGUUUCGAUUGGGCCGUAUGAAAUGUGCGAUUGGCUCUGCGAGCAGAACAGGUGGGGCGUGAAGACGGGAAGAGGUAAUAUAUAAAACUGGCGUUUCCACAUCCACUUCUACUAGAAUGUUCUUCGUGCGGCCAAAUUUUUCUUGACCCUGCUGUUUUUUGAGUAAUUUUUUCCAACAGCAUUCGUUUUCUCCUGAAAUAAACGAAAAGGUAUUUUCCUGUACGACGCAAAGACCCGAAAGAAGCUGAAGCUAGACCCGGAGCUGCCCCCAAAAGUCGCCGAAAUCCAGAAGUCAAAAGGCGUCACCCCGCGGUCGUUUGACGAGAAGGAGGUGUGCGAGCGACUGUUUUUCCCGUUGGUAAACGAGGGCUUCAAGAUUCUCGAGGAGAACAUGGCACAGCGACCAUCAGACAUCGAUAUUGUCUACGUUUACGGGUACUAUAUUGAAAUUGGAGCGCUAUGAGAUUUUUCUUUCAUGGCGUUUUUUCUCCCGUCCACUGGUGCCCAUUAGUGUUCGUGAACAAAAUAAGUUGUAGAGAUUCGAUACACGACCAUUUCGACUCUCUGUCUUGAUCCCAAACAAAAACUUCCCUCGACCUCCCGCGCAGGUACGGCUUUCCCCCUUACAAGGGCGGUCCGAUGCACUGGGCAGACAACAUUGUGGGGCUGGACAACAUUCUUGCGGGACUGAAGAAAUACGGCAAGGAAAGAACGGAGCUGGUGUCGAAAAACAAGAAUUACCGACAGGUUUCUAUCGCAAGGAAAAAUCCCCCGUCCCCAUAUUGAAGAGGUAAGUUUUCGAAAAUUUGUGUUGCUGAUUUGAGGUCACAAGUCACGUUUGUGUUGCAAGAAGACAAGGGCAGCAGCUUCCGUCCCAUUAUGGAGGCGGUUUGUCAUGCUGUUGAGCCAACAUCACGGACGCCUUUCAUGCUAGGCGCCUAAGUCAAAGCCUCUCUACUCGGGCUUGGUAUGGGUCUGCAGUCCUCUCCAGCAACACAAAUGCGAUUUGUGUAAGUACUCAAAUACAGCAGCACAAGUUUCGCUUUCGAUAUGGGGAGGGGGGAUUUUUCCUCACAAUAGUGUCCUACUGGGAGCCAUCAAAGCUGCUCGAGGAGUGCGUGUCCAAGGGAAAAUCCCUCACUCAAGUGUGGAAGGAGAGGGAGAAGGCAAGUAUGUCCAAGAUGUAAGUAAUUAUCGACUUCUUCGCACAGGACAGCGACAGGGAAUACAAUACGUAGCGAAUCUAAAUAAACUUCUCGCCGUUCGAAAAAUUUUCUCGAAAAUAUUCAGGAUAAUAUUCGUAGUACGAAUUUUUGUCAAUGUCUCCGGUUUUUUUUUGCCGGAAUCAAGCUGCACCCGCAGCUGCAAACGUAGACGUUCUUUUUUACGGUUCUUACAGUUACAAAUUUUAGCAGCAAGAAAAAGCUCAAGCAGCUGUAAAUACUAAACCCAAAUAAAUCAUAUGAUACGCAAACAAUAUUGGCAAUCGUAAGCAAUACUUUCAACGCAAUAAAUAAGAGCAUCUAGGCGGAAUCCCUGCCGCAGCUCCAAAGCUCAGCGAAGUAGUUUUUGCAGAUAAGAGCAAAUGUCACCGAGGUUUUUGCAUAUGGGAAAUUAAGGACAACGACAAGUCACAACAAGAGAGACUCUCAGAAGGGUUGUUCUUUAGCGCAUAAAAUAAGAUGAAGUCUACUUCUAAGAUUUUACGGGGGAGGAACAGGUGACAAGAUUCAAUUGCAAUUUAUUACAUGGCGGGUACUAGUACUUGUGGCACAAUCACAAAAGACAUUUUUUUCAUUUUUCAUACACGCUUUUUCACACAUACUUUAAUCGCAUACGUUUCCAUCAGCCCGGUGCCUGAUCUUCCGUAAAAAUGCGAAAGCAGAUUCACCCUCUAUACCCGUAUACCACCAACAUUUUCCUUGUGUAUUCAUUUUUGCAGCCGAAAUAAACAGGCGACGACAAACAGUCCAGAACCUACUGCGUGCAAAAAUCUGGCAGGCUGCUGUCAUUGAGUUGCAAAAGACUCAACGCUCUUGUAUCAAAUAUGUCAAUUGGUGGAAAAACUAUAAAGGCACAAAAUUUUCGCCCUGGAGGCGUAUUUGAAACACGACACUCAGAUUUGCGCGCAACUCUUAAAUACUUAGUAUACUCAGUAUUGGAUGCAAACGCAAGGGACACGUCGUGUGUCUGAUUUGAUUUGUCAUAUUGUCAUGGUUCUUGCAGCACAACCGGCUGGGUAAAUAGGGCGCAAAAAA